AUGAGCCAACCAUCAAAUAAAGAUUUGUUAGAGAAAUUAGAAGAUCUAAUAAAUAAAAAUUCAUCUGAAAUAAGGAAAGAUAUACAAAGUUUAAAUACUAAUGUAAAUAUACAAAUAAAAGUUAUUGAAGAGCGCUGCUUAAAAAUCGAAAAGAGACUUACGUACAUAGAAAGAUCAAAUAAAAGGAACAAUAUUGUAAUAUUCGGAAUACAAGCCAAUAAGAAUAAUCUGUUAAAUACAACAAUUGAAAAAUUAAACCAAAUUUUUGGCUGCGACUUAGUAGAAAGAGAUAUAAACAAUAUAUAUAUUAUUGGAAAUAAGGGAACUGUAAUCCUUGAAUUUGUCACUUUCUUAACCAAACAGAAAAUUAUUCAGAAUCUAAAAAAGCUUAAAGAUGAAGUCCCAUACACAGCUGAAGAUCUAGAAAGUACCUCUAACGAAGAAUCAGCAACUGAGUUUGAAAUUGACCUUCCGCAAAAAUAUAAUUCUGCUCCACCUACACCAACAAUUAGAGUAGACGAAAAAGAAAUAGGAGAAGAAGAAGAAGACGUAAAACAAGUAGAAGAAGAAGAAGAAGAAGAAGAAGACGACAAACAAACAACGGAAUUUCAUCGUACAAUAAAAAAGAGGGAAAUUAUAUAUCAAAUGCACAAAUUUAAAAAAUCGUUUACAAAAGAGCUAGAUAUCAAACAACCAAAUAAGAAAAGAAAAGGAAAGACAACGACAUCUACAAGAGUUCUGUAA